UCGGAAACCGGAGAGCAGCAUAUUGCUGUCCGCGCUAAUCGAUAUCUGAACCCAAACACUAGCAGUCGAAGCGAGCGCUGACCUGGAAACGAAGCGGCAAAAAACGACGGGGGUUCGCUUGGGGCAUCCCCUCGAACGCGAUGCCAGCAGCAGCAGACGAUGCAGCGAGCAUCAGACGAUGCAGUCACUGAAAGUGUAGCGCUGCUGCUACGACAUACCAUCAUAGACAGAGACCACGACUGUGAAUUUUAUCAUCAGCUCGCCGGCAAUAUGGCGGGACUGUACAUCGGGGGGACACCUGUGUCCCUUAUCACCAUCGCAUGUGGGACCUUUUUGUAGCAGUGCCUUUCUUGGAGCAGACGGAAAGAAGUAUCCAAAGAGUUGCACUUUCAACAUCGUGAUCAUCAUUGCCGCUGAGUAUACUUUUCUUUGCCAAAGGUCACUCCGGAAACAACUUCUCGCAUAAAAUGUGUUGAAAAAGUUCGAGUUAUUGAACUAAUAUUUCUAAAUUUCAAAUGGACAUUUUUCACCAGCUGUACAGACUCAAGCGAGAAGUGAUUGCUCGACUGGUAGGGUCGUUAUUAUGCCUGCUUUUUUAAAGAAGACUCAUUUUCAAGGUAUUUGCAUUCGAGAAACAAUUCUUUUUUUAUAAUUUGUUUUGUAAAUAUUUGACUGUGAUUAAUUUAACGUGAUAGCUUAAAGCAACUGCAUUUUAUUUCUCUUAAGAGAUGUAAAUUGAAGAAAUGCUGCCUGAAAUUAAGAUUUACUUUUUAAUUGAGAGGGAGCAUUGAUUAAUACUGUUCAUAAUAUUGAUGAAAAUGAAAGUUAAACGAAAAAUUUUUCAAAAGGAUCCUCAUUUAUGAUUUUAUUCUAGGUUUAAUGAUUUGACACCUUUAAGAUAGCGUCUGUUAAUACAAUAUAUUGAAAACUAGGUUAAGCUGUUGCACAAGUGGAAGUUAGUUAUUAUGAUCAAAUUGGAAAAUAAGUUAAAUAUCUUCGAUAUGUUAUGGGAUUAAUAUAUGAACUUUUUUUGCGAAUACAGCAAAAGAUUUUCGAACUCACAUUUAUAAGCUCAAACCAAUCCCAAAUCUUUCACCCAAUUUCUGCUUAUGGAUUCCUAAAUUGGUGGACAAACGGGUAUCAACACAUUGUUCAGGACCAUAUUUUUUACUCAUAAGACUGAAUGCUGAACUGUAAGAAAAUUUGAGUUAGAAAUCUUGAUGUCUUCUUUCUGUUGUAUGGUCGCCCUUUCUCAGGCGAGAAUAAAAAAUAAAGAUAGCUCAUGCUCGAAAGGGGGUACUCUCGGCUUUAACCACCCUUUCAACCCGACCCCCUGGUCAAUGCGACGACUACGUCGGAAGGAAUGAAGAAACAAAACGUGCGGACAUUGUCACUGAUCGUGUGCACGUUUACAUAUCUGCUGGUGGGAGCCGCAAUUUUCGACGCACUCGAAUCGGACAACGAGGACCGACAAAAAGAAGCUCUUCAGUACGUUGAAAAUCUCCUCAUGGAGAAAUACAAUAUUUCGCAAGAAGAUUAUAGGAUCUGGACUACUAUAGUUAUCAAAAGCGUGCCCCACAAGUCUGGCAUCCAAUGGAAGUUUGCGGGAGCCUUUUAUUUCGCUACCACAGUUCUCACCACAAUAGGUUAUGGCCACUCUACUCCAGCUACAUGGGGUGGGAAAACAUUCUGCAUGUUCUACGCCUUAGCUGGAAUACCUUUGGGUUUGGUGAUGUUCCAAAGUAUUGGUGAAAGACUAAACACGUUUGUAGCUUAUUUGCUGAAAUUCGGUAAAAGAUGCUUGAAAAUGAGAAACACUGAAGUUUCAGAAACCAAUCUAAUCUGUCUGGUUUCCAUCCUGUCAACAGUUGUGAUGACUACUGGAGCAGCCGCCUUCUCGAAGUACGAGCGCUGGGAUUAUUUUGAUGCUUUCUAUUACUGUUUCAUAACUCUUACUACUAUAGGAUUUGGUGAUUAUGUUGCGCUUCAAAAGGAGAGUGCUCUUCAGAGUAAACCUGAGUAUGUUGCUUUUAGUCUUGUAUUCAUUUUAUUCGGUUUAUCAGUAGUGUCUGCAGCAAUGAAUCUUCUUGUCUUGAGAUUCAUGACAAUGAAUACAGAAGAUGAACGCAGAGAUGAAGCAGAGGCUCAGUCAGCUGCCCAAGAAGGUGUAAGAUUGGAAGGUGACGUCAUAACGGCAAAUGGCUCUAUCAUUUCCGGACAUGAUCCAAAUCUAUCUUCGGAAGUGGACGAGAUCACUUCAGUGUGCUCGUGUACUUGCUAUGGGCACAGACGGACGGCAAGAAAUGGAUAUUCCUUCCGUAGAUCAUCAAGCAAAAACAAAGUUCACCUACUGCCCAUGAAUGUAUUAACUAGGGACAACAGAAUAAUCGGAGAGCAGCCGCAUGAAGGAAAUCUUGUACAUGCCAAUACUGCACUUUAUUUUCCUUACGAUGAUAUAAAAAAUAAACGUGCCUCAAUAUGAUAGUAAGUUGUCCUUACGGGCGCGUAUUCAAAUGAACCAAAUAUCAAAGGAGAACACGCAGUAGUCGUGCUCAAAGGCACUAGUUAAUGGCAUUUUUACCGUCAAUUCUAGUACAUCUUUUACUAUGUAUGCAGGAGCUGGUACAUUACAAGUUUCAUUACAAGACCAAAGUUUUAAAUAUUUUGUGACUAAGUAAAUGUGUAUAAUGUAGGGUCCAGUGUUCGGAACAACAUAUUUUUCUAUUACAUCUGGGAAGGCAACUUUAUUCAUAGAAGGACAAACAUCUUAGUGACUUGAGAAUACUGUCCACAUCUAUAUGGUAGUUUAAAAUAAGUUCUAUAUCUAAAGCCGUUGAAAGGCUUUGGAUAAUAAGUGCUUCCCAACCGUAUAUUACGGCACUCAGUAUUGCCUCGACGCAUUGUUGCGCGGAGCCGGGUUUUCUCUUUCAUAUUUUUAAAAGAUGUCUUAUCUAUUCCCAGUUUCUCAUUGUCCUAACUGGACGCCUAUAGGCGCUUGAAGUGCAUAUGUUUUUACGUAAUUCUUUAUAAAAAUAUAAGAGACUUAUCCAUUUGCUUCGAUAUAAGAGUAUGAGCUCUAGAGCCAUUUGGACACGCAUGAAGUAUUGCGGAAAAAUGUUUGCCCAUUAUUUAAUCUUCUUAGUAUUUUCUCCAUUUAAAUGUGAGAUAUGUUAGAAUUAGGCAAAUUUUGUGAUAUAUAAAACAUUUUUGACACUUCAUUAAAAUUCUAGCUAUUAUUAUACACUUCAAAAGUUACCUAACCAAUUAAAAAUGAAAUAAUUCUUCUAUCGCAUUAAUAUUAAUUUUUGUUGGGGGUAACUUUUAAAACAUAUAUUAUCCAUGUAUAUGAAAAAUAUUUUUAAAAUAUGUAUGUGGUCGUCUGAAAUAUUUUUGGUGAAUCUUUCUAUAUUAAUCAAAAUGCUUUCUCUAUUUAUACACAC